ACACGGCCCUAUCCGCAGCAACCGUUCGCCGCGCCGCGCCGUGCGAGAUCAGCUCGAUCCGAGCGACGGCGGCCAUGACUUCCCUGCCCCGCGCGGCCCGCCUCCUCCGAUCCGCCGUCGGGCGGCUGAGGUCGCCCCCUCCGCCGCCGGUGCGGCUCUUCUGUAGCGCCGCGGGAACCGGGACCGGGACGGGGGCGGGGACCGGGCGCGAGGCCGCGAUCGUCGCCACCGCCAUUGCGCUGGCCGGGUCCGGGCUCGGGCUGUGGCUGAAACCGCCCUCGCUCGCCGACUCCGGCGAGGCGGUCGGCGGCCAAAUCUCGGUCGCCGGCGGCGGCGCCGCGGAGGCCCGGGAGGAGAAGGGUCGGUUCCUGUUCGCAGACUCAUUCCGCAGAAGGGUGUUCUUUAAUUACGAGAAGAGGAUACGGCUUCUCAGCCCUCCUGAAAAGGUAAUGUAUUACUUUGCGUCUGUGAGGAACCCAGAAGGUGAAGUUUACAUGUUGCCCUCUGACUUGAUGAGGGCAUUAGUCCCUAUUUUCCCUCCAUGUGAGUCGACUGCAGUUCGCGAAGGGCGAUUAAGGGGGGAGCGGAGCCCUGGAGAGUUGCAUUGUGCUCCAUCGGAAUUCUUCAUGCUGUUCGACACAAAUAAUGAUGGCCUCAUCUCCUUUGCCGAGUACAUCUUUUUUGUAACAUUGCUCAGCAUUCCCGAGUCAAAUUUCAGUGCGGCUUUCAAAAUGUUCGACGUUGACCAUAGCGGGGUGAUCGACAAAGAGGAGUUUAAGAAAAUAAUGGCACUGAUGCGGUCUUUUAAUAGACAAGGAGCCACCCAUAAGGAUGGCUUACGUAUUGGACUUAAAGUUGGCCAGCCUGUGGAAAAUGGAGUGAUUGAGUUCUUCUUUGGUAAUGAUGGAAAUGAACCUCUACACUAUGAUAAGUUUACAAAAUUUUUGAAGGACAUGCAUGAUGAGGUGAUUUACUUCUUUUAUUCUUUUGUCAACACAUGAUGGCUUGUCCACCAAUAUUGCCUCCUGCCUUGACCUGGAAGUACCGGAAUCUUCUCGCUAGCGGCACGCGACUCGAGGUCUGCUUGUAACUCUGCCGCCCCAGCAACGUCGCCCACGCUGGCUAUAACUGAUGGAGGAGGCUAAUGCCUCGUUCGGCUCCCCCUGCCUCUUGCUUUGCUUGUCACGCUUUCCAAUCUUCUCCUAUCUGCACACCGUCUAGCACCGCAAAUGUCAUCACUGACUCCAGGAGGGUCGAGGCUGCUCCAUCUGCCCACCUGCAGGACCUGCCGGGAACGAGGUGGCGAGGUGGUGGCCAGGGAGCUCGUGAGUACGGAGCUCCUCUGCCUCUGCUUCGAGGGAGACACAGUGGCGCCCAACCGGCGGCCCGACAUCAAAGAAGAUGUAUUCCCCGGCGACCACCCUACUCCACCCGCCCAGCCGCAGACUUCGCAUGACAGUGCCUGCUCAUGGAUCGUGGCUCCUACACACCAUAUGCUUGGCCUCACCCGCGCGUGCUCUGCCUCCACUGCGUAGCGGACCUCUCCCAUCCAUGAUGCAGGCAAGUUGGUAGAUGAAAUGCCACCGCUGGUUACUAGCUUACUGCAACAUGCUGGGGACAUUUAAACCUCCAAGUUACAGCUUCAAGUGGCACGUCUUCCGGACUCCGGUGUCUCCUAAGACUUGGCAAUGGAAAGCUGCCUCCAACAUUACAACAUAUCUUUGAGGAGUUGCACAUCUAUAUCUCAAGUAUUUAAGAUCAGGCAAGUAUUGCUAAAUUGAUUCUCAAGGGAACGAAGGCCACUCUGAUCCAACAUUGGGGGCAUCUUUCUAGUAGUGAUCUAAACACACCCCAAAUUAUAGAAGCUAUAAUGGGAUGAACAUAUUGCAUUUUUUAUGCUCAUGUCAUAUCCCUUAUGUAGGGUUACAUAUGGAACACAUCAAUUUCCCUUGUAAGACUAAAAGAGUUGUUUAUCGUAUUUCUGGCACCAAGCUACUUGUGUAAAGUGAAAUCAACAUCAUGUCUUUUUA